AUGGUUCUUAACAAUACCCUGCAAUGCCUCCAUAAAGGCCUUAGGCACGAAAUCAUCGACUGGCACCCCACAUUCCCACUUCCUGAACCUCUGGCCAAUGCAACAUCCUUGUUGCUUGAUCAAUCCAUCCCCCCAUCCAUGUCACCAUCUGCAUCUGCACUCCCUCCUCUCAUUGAUCUCUCAAUUGGAAAGAUGACACCCACACCCCCAAAAUUUGAGGAUACCUCUGCCAUUGAGGGCCUCCUGUUUGAGUACAACUGGGUUGUUCAACCAGAGGUUCCAGAUAUGUCCAGCAAAAUUGUGGACCCAGGUGAUCCAGGCAACCUGGUCCCACAAUAUGAUUCUUCCAAUGACAUGGAUGUUGAGGUGAAGGUUGAAGCGUCUUCUGAGGAUGUUGACAUGGCUACAUAA